AGCAGCAGCAGCAGCAGCAGAUAGUGUCCGGCGCUUAGUCGACGUAAAAAAAAAAAAUCAGCUUCAGUCUCAUUUUCAAUUAUAAAUUCGCAUUCAGUACACGUGGUUAAUAGCCUGCUUAUCAGCUGGAGCAGAGUCUACCAGCCAGCCUGGAGCGCAGCAGUUCGUUUAGUACAGUUGUACAGUCGCAAGUGGGCGCAACAGCAUCCGCAGACAGCACAGUCUACAUCCUAUUCAAGAUCAGCAGUUGGACUCCCUGAACACCCAAACUCAAAAUGGCGGCUAAGAGAAUGGAUUUGAAUGCGCGCACGUUGCUGGUGUUGAGCGGCAGCUCGAAUCCGCUUGGUGAGACGCUUGCCCAGGAGCUAUGCAGCCGCUUGGCAGUCGGCUCGGUGGCGCUGAUAUUGGAUGAAAGCCAAAAGAGAUUGGAAUCGUUGGAGCAGCAUUUGAAGGAGCAUCUGCAACCAGAUGCGGUCCAGAUUAUCACUGGUCUUCUGGAUGAGCGGCACAGCAACGGGGUUCAACUGCUGGAUCAGGUCUUGUGCCAAAGCGAAGGUUAUGGUUUCGAGCGCUCAAUCUUGGUGCACAAUGAGGGUGACAGCGCCACCCACAUGCUGAUGGAGCCGCAGACGGCAGAGGCAUGGACCGAUUAUGUGCAGCAUCAGUUGUACGCGCCGGUGGCACUGAAUCAACGCUGGCUGAACUCCGCCGCAUUGCAGGGCAUCGAGAAGCUGGCGAUCAAUGUGACCUCAUCGCUGCAGGUGCGUCCGCUGGUGUACAGCACGCUGCUCUGCUCCUGCAAGCGGGCCCGUGACAUGUACUUCCGGUCCAUGGCUUCGGAAGAGGCACGCGCCAAUGUGCAUGUGCUCAGCUAUGCGCCCGGUCUGUUUAAGACGCAUGAAACCCAGUGCGAUGUGAACGGCAAUUUUGUGGCACCAGAGGAGCUACUUGUGAUGUCCGAUCAGGAACAGCCGGAAUUGCCACGCGUCCAGCCGCUGCAGUCAACGCUCAAGUUGAUCAACAUUCUGGAGGAGACCGCCUUUGUGUCCGGUCAUGAUGUCGACUACUACGACACUUUCUUCUUAUGAGUAGCAAUGCAGUCGUGGUCUGUGCAUCCACUUGGGCAUUGGAGGUGGUUCGCACUGGCACGCACUGCUGCAGACAAGCAUGUUAAUCUAGAUUUUGUGCAAAUGAAAACGGAAAUGAAUAAAUUUUGGCUGAUGACCCUCGUGCGACUAA